AGCGCGGCUGCUGGAUCUGGCGCCGGCGCAGGAGGUGCCGGGCGAGCGGCACGAUGGCUCCGAGCGCGGAAGGCGGGAGCGACACGCUGGGACGCGGGGCCCGCAAGGGCGUCCGGGCGGUGCUCCUGGGGCCGCCCGGUGCAGGGAAGGGCACUCAGGCUCCUCGGCUGGCUGAAACGUACUGUGUUUGCCACCUGGCCACAGGAGACAUGUUGAGGGCGAUGGUGGCUUCAGGCUCAGAGCUGGGGAAGAGAUUGAAGGAAACAAUGGAUGCUGGGAAGCUGGUGAGCGAUGAAAUGGUGGUGGAGCUGAUUGAGAAGAACCUGGAGACCCCCCUCUGCAAAAAUGGUUUCCUCUUGGAUGGGUUCCCUCGCACUGUGCGACAAGCUGAGAUGCUGGACGAGCUGAUGGGGAAGAGGAAAGAGAAACUAGAUUCGGUCAUCGAAUUCAGCAUUGCUGACUCCUUGCUCAUCCGGAGAAUCACCGGACGGCUAAUCCACCCAGGAAGUGGCCGUUCCUACCACGAGGAAUUCAACCCACCCAAGGUCGAUAUGAAGGAUGAUGUCACCGGGGAGUCUCUGAUCCGUCGGUCAGAUGACAACGAAGCAGCACUGAAAACACGCCUGAAGGCUUAUCACACCCAGACCUCACCGCUGGUGGAUUACUACUCCCGGCGUGGAAUCCAUACAGCUGUUGAUGCUUCCCAGACUCCAGAUGUGGUUUUUGCCAGCAUCCUGGCAGCUUUCUCAAAAGCAACAACCGCAUGAUUCCAGACAGCAGACAGCCCACGACUGCAUCAAGCACCUCAUGUUCAACAACUGCCCACCCCCCACCCCUCCAGCUUUGCUCUUGGAAGAAAGCAGGGGUGUGUGGGUGGGAUGGAAGGCCUCAUCAAAAGGGGGAAGGAAAUUGCCAGAAGUUUGGGUUCUCUCCAAAAUUGCACUAGGGGUGAAUCCUGUUUUUUAAGAAAAGCAAAUCAGGGAGACAAGAAUAAAGUGUUGCUGCAGGCUUGAGGGGCAGAGUGCUUUAAUUAUGGAAUCAAUUAUUUGCAAUCUUUGAAAGGGGAAUUUUUAGCAUUUAGGAAAGCAGGAUCUAGCAAGCUUGACUGCUGAUAGUUCUUUUUCUCCUGACUAUUUCCAAGGUUUUAGAUAGCUGGCCUCUCUGGUUCUGUUCCCAACAUGUGUUUGAGGCUGCCAUGCAUUGGAGCCUCCUUUGCCUCCUGACCAAGUGGCUUCUCUCGGCUGGAGAACCCUGGGUGGAAAGAUCUCUUUCAGCCGCCACUCUGCAGAGGCUUCCAGUAGGCAAGUCCAUACAGUGACUCUUCUAGGAAGCUGUCUUGGAACUCUUCUUGGGUCAAGUGAAUCUCAUCCUGGCCGCUUGGUGAGCUAAAAUGGACUUCUAGCAGUCCACGAGGAACGGCAUGUUUUAAGCUAUUUGUAAGCAGGGAGCAAAGAAAGCAGCUUUUCUCAAAGUUUUUAAUCACAGGCGUUUGAAGCCUUUGCCUUUCUGUGGCUAACAUUUUUUUUUUUAUUACAUGGACACUUCCUCCCUCAAAUAUUGAAGGCACAAAGCCAAGAACCUCCUCCUAUCUCGUCCCACCUCUCGCCCGGAGUGGUUGCCAAUUUCUACUUGUUCCUUUUCCUUUCUCCUGGACUCUGCAGCCUCAAUAAAGUAGCUGUCUAUAUUAGA